AGACAACAAUCUCUACACCAAAACCUUGCCCUCCUUUGUUCCUUUUCCCUCGCUACCAAAACCACAAGCAGAGUGGCUCACUAAGUAAAUUAAUCAUAUUCCAAGCCCUCCCCCCCUUCAAAGUUCUCACCUUUCUCCCCCUACAAAAACUCUUGUUCAGUUCAUCAAAACCAAAAAAGGAACCAAUCCCCCCUCCCCUCCCAUUGAGGUAAGCAAAGCCAACACACAGCACAGCAGCACAAUGCAGCGAAGACACCCCCUUCUUCUUCUUCUCAUUUUCUCAGUUUUUCUCAGCUUCCAAACAUCAAAUGGCCAUAACAUCACACGUUUACUCGCCAAGCACCCUUCUUUAUCCACCUUCAACCAUUACCUCACUCUCACCCAUUUGGCUCAAGAGAUCAACCGCCGCACUACCAUCACUGUUCUCGCCUUAGACAACGCCGCCAUGUCCUCUCUCUUGAAUAAAAACCCUUCCAUUUACACCAUGAAGAACGUCCUUUCCCUCCAUGUUCUUCUUGACUACUUCGGUGCCAAGAAGCUUCACCAGAUAACCAAUGGCACCGCACUCGCCGCUACUAUGUUCCAAGCCACUGGGGUCGCCCCUGGGGUUUCCGGCUUUGUUAACAUAACCGAUUUUAAAGGUGGAAAAGUUGGUUUUGGAGCUGAAGACAAUGGUGGGGAUUUAGAUUCUUUCUUUGUUAAAUCUGUUGAGGAACUGCCUUAUAAUAUAUCUGUGAUUCAGAUCAGCAAGGCUUUGCCUUCUGCUAUAGCUGAGGCUCCCACUCCAGGGCCGAGUGAGCUGAAUAUUACUGGGAUUAUGUCAGCACAUGGAUGUAAAGUGUUUGCUGGUACCCUUUUAGCCAAUCCUGAAGCCAUGGGAACAUAUGAGGAUAAUCUGAAUGGAGGAUUGACUGUGUUCUGCCCACUGGAUGAUGCAUUUAAAGCCUUUUUACCAAAGUACAAGAACUUGACUGCUUCAGGGAAAGAAUCAUUCCUUGAGUUCUUUGGUGUGCCUGUUUACCAGUCUUUAUCCAUGUUGAAAUCCAACAAUGGUCUCAUGAACACAUUAGCUACCGAUGGUGCUAGCAAGUUCGACUUCACCGUCCAAAAUGAUGGCGAACAGGUGACACUAAAGACCAAGAUCAACACCGUCAAAAUAACUGGGACUUUACUCGACGAACAACCUGUGGCGAUUUAUACAAUCGACAAGGUCUUGAUGCCUAGAGAAUUGUUCAAGGCAGCCCCUACUCCUGCCCCGGCACCAGCCCCAGAGGAAGCAGCGGAUGCACCAAAAGCAUCCAAAUCAAAAUCUAAGUCAAAGUCGAAGUCAGCCCCAACACCAGAAUCUGAUGCACCAGCGGAUUCACCGGACGAUGAUCCAGCUGAUCAGACAGCAGACGAUAAUGCUGCAUCGAGUUUUAAAGGUGGAAGGUUUGUUGCUGUUGGAUUGAGCUUCUUGUUAGUGUUUUUGUUGCUCUAAGUUUUCUAGUUUCUUUUUUUGCUUGUUUCAUUUUCUGUUUAAUUUAUAUAGAUACUGGAGAAUAAGUAAAGGCUUCAGUGUGGUUAUAUUUUUUUAUAUUGUCUUUUUUUUUUCUUCUUUUAAGUGUGAUUAUGUUGUUUUUCUCUUGGAUAGAUAAAGGAAAGGUUUGUGCUUGUAAGUUUGAUUAUUGAUGAAAAGGCAAAUGCUAUAGAUAUUGUAAUAGACAAAGUUGUGGUUAUAAGUUGAUUGAAAGGCAAUUUAAUAAAUUAUUUAAGAUCCAUUUAUUGUUA